ACGUGGCGCUGCGCUGAGUUUGACAGAGACCAGCGGUAAACCCAGUGAGUGUGUCCGUGUGGGUCCGUGUGUUGGAGGCCAGUGAAUCACAGCACACUAGAAAAGUUAGUACUAGUGUUGAAGUCGUUAUUGUAUCGUUUAGAAAACUCAACGGAUUCAUGACAGCGAAUCGGAGCUAACAUCGAAACUUCAUCCUCCGUCGGUGGAAAUGAUCGAGUGAUUUAAGCAGUGUGUGUGCUUGGAUGUGAUGGCAGAGCUCCCAUCUGGACUGCUGGAGGCUUGUGUAGUGGUUGGGGCCCCCAGUGAUAAGCUUCGGGAUGUAUACCAGCUUCAUCAGCAGAGUAAGUCAGGCGAACACUCCCUCCUGGAAGCAGAGGUACUGCAAGUCCAUGCCCCACCUUUUGUUUCCAAGGAGACCAACUCCAGCCAGGCGAUUGGUCCAGCUUUCAGCCGUGUCCAGAGGAGGAAGAGCUUCAUCAAGAAGAAGAGGCGAGAUCGUGCUGCAGAGGCAAUAUCUAAUGGAGAUACAGCCAGUCGUCCUGAAGUGUCGUCAGCAACAGAGGACAUCAGUGUUCCCAAGGAUCUGGACCUCAUUGCCCUGCCACAGCUUUGUUUCCCAGGUGGUCUUCAGUUAGCCAAUGAGCAGAAGGAAGACAGUUAUCACUUCCUGGUUUUUACCGACUUGUUUGGAAACCGAACCCAUGGAGUUGUUGUGCAGUGCUACAGAGCUGUGCAGUCCUGUCAGGAGGGCGCUGUCCAGAAUGGCCACAGGUGGAAUUCAUCAAAGACCCGUUUCUACGCGCCCUUUGCUGUGUGUGUCAUCUCCAAGUUCCCCUACUACAACGCUCUAAGAGAGUGCUUGUCAUGUCUCUUGGUCCAGUUGCGGCCUGCAAGACAAGCCGACUUUGAGGAGAUAGUUAAGGAGUUUUCAGCCAAGCUCUCGCUGGUCCCUUUACCACCUCCUGGACAGCUACAUGUGUCUUUCAGCCUGCGUCCUCUUCAGGUGGUUCUUCCAUCCAGGGAGGAUCAGGACAGCCCAGUUAUAGACAUUGACCUGCAUCUGCCUUUCCUCUGUUUCUCACACACAACACUCCUCCAGGUGCUGUCCUGCCUUCUCCAAGAACAGAGGCUGGUCUUCUUCUCAUCCGACUGGGCCAGACUCACUCUGGUUGCAGAGAGUCUGCUGUUGUACCUGCAGCCUCUGUCUUGGCAGCAGCCUUAUGUUCCUGUCUUGGCAAGAGCAAUGUUGGACUUCCUCAUGGCUCCCACUGCCUUCCUGAUGGGCUGUCACAUCAGUCAUUUUGAGGAGGUUGCUGCUGAGACAGAGGACCUAAUCCUGGUGAAUGUUGAUGAAGGCAUCAUUCAGUCAUCAUGGUCUGAAACCAUUGACCUCCCAGCUAUCCCUCUGGCUGCAGCUGAGAGCUUUAUAUCAAGGGCAGAGUGUCUCCAGCUUCAUUACGACUUGGAGCUGUGUCACCUCGGAGUGGGUACUGAUGCCAAUGCCCUGCGGUGCCAACGCAGAGACUGGCAGAGACGGCUGAACACACAGAUACAAAACAUAACCCUGGAGCUGGUGGUCAACAUUUUCAGAGGCGUCCAGGACUUUCUAAACCACGAACACAGAGUUUUUAACAGUGAAGAGUUUCUGAGAACCAGGGAGCCAGCUGACCAGUCCUUUUAUAAGAAGGUAUUAGAAACUCAUAUCUUCCACUCAUUCCUGCGAGACAGGCUGAACAGGAAACGGGACACCUUCAGCCGCAUGGAGCAGAACACUCGUAACAAUGUACACAGGAAUCGUGCGAUGACAGAGUCUCCUCGGCGUCCUCCCAUGUCUGAACUGUCCAGGACCGGCUACAGCAGCUACACCAGCCACGAUAACAGACUGAGCAAGAGGCUGGGAGCCAGCCUUCCUAACCUGGAGCAACCUACCAAUGACACUAUGACUGGCAUCAGCUUCAGCAGGCCGGCCUCCCUCAGAAAGAUGACUCCUGAUAUCGGGUUGAAGUCUCCUCAGAAGGCAGUGAAGGUUUUCCGUCUCCCAGAGUUCCCCCCUCCUUUGGCCUAUCAUUAUGUACAGAACUAUUAUUCUGACAUGGCUGCUUCACUGGGGAAGGCUAUCAAUGCCACACCACCUGAAGAGUCUAGUCUGCUGGCCAGAUACCACUACCUGCGUGGUUUGGUAAACACUGUAUCCAACAGGCGUCUGGAUGCACUGGAGGACUUCCAGAGUCUCUAUAAGACAGACUCGGAUAUCUUCCCCUCUCAAAUGGUCAAGUCGUUAGUUGACUCCCUGCCGGAAGGUGAACGGUCACAGGCGGACAGACGUCCAGAGCUCAAACGACUGAUUAGCCGGGUUAAGAGGGACCAGGAGCGGGAACGUGCGCGCCAUAACAACGGGCACGAGGAAGGUGCAGUGAAGCGCUUCCAGCUGCCGAAAAAAUACAUGCAGCUGGAGGAGUUUGUGAAGUGUGUCCAGGAGUCUGGGAUUGUAAAAGACCAGGGAACCAUACACAGACUCUUUGAUGCUCUAACUGUUGGUCAUCAGAAGCAGGUCGGUCCAGAGUUGUUCAGAGUGUUUUACACCAUCUGGAAGGAGACUGAGGCUGAAGCACAGGAGGUGUGCUUGCCUGCGUCCGUGUUGGAGCACAUCGAGCCCAGCGAGUGCGUCUUUAAGCUGUCCUCAUCCGUCAAGACGAGUCGUGGCGUGGGGAAGAUCGCCAUGACUCAACGACGGCUCUUCCUGCUGACUGACGGGCGACCAGGAUACGUGGAGGUGGCACAGUACCGAGAUUUAGAGGAGGUGAAGGUGUCCUCAGCUCCCUUCCUUCUCCUGCGAAUCCCCAGCCUGAAGCUGCGUGUUAGGGGCAGGAAGGAGGCGUUCGAGGCCAAUCUGAAAACAGAGACUGAGCUCUGGAACCUGAUGGUCAAAGAGAUGUGGGCUGGACGCAACAUGGCUGACCAACACAAGGACCCUCAGUACAUGCAGCAGGCUUUGACCAACGCCUUGUUAAUGGAUGCAGUAGUGGGCAGUCUUCAGAGCAGUAAAGCCAUCUACGCUGCUUCUAAGCUGGCUCACUUUGACCGCAUCAAGAUGGAAGUUCCCAUGAUGGUUCCCAAGACAACUGCAGAGACGCUCAAGCACAAAAUUAACCCUUCCCUGGAGCUUGCUGCACCUCAGCCUGUGGAUGUACUUCUGUACACACCAGGUCAGUUGUGGGUGUCUGUGAGCGGAGGAAAGGUGAUGGUGUUUGAUGCUUCCAGCUGGUCCCUCACACACACCUGUCAGGUUGGCAAUGCAAGACUGAACUGCAUGCUGGGAGUCGACAAGGAUCAGGUCUGGAUGGGCUCUGAGGACUCAGUUAUCUACAUCAUCAGCAUGGUGGCUAUGGUGUGUAACCGACAGCUGACAGAGCACAGGGCGGAGGUCACCGGACUGGCACUUGACACAGAGAAAUACAGCCAGAAGGUGGCGUACUCCUGCAGUGCAGAGGGAACUGUGAUGGUGUGGGACAUAUCAACUCUACAGGUGAAGAGGCACUUUCGCCUCUCCUGCGAUCGUCUGCAGUCUGUCUACAGCUGUAACAACACACUGUGGUGCUGCUCCAGGGACAGUAUAAUGGAGGUGUGGAGGAACGGUUCAAUGAAACAUCGUCUUAAUCUACCAGAGCAACAAAAAGGAUCCGCAUCAAUGUUCAGCUCUAUACUGCUGUUACCUGAGAGGGAUGAGCUGUGGAGCGUGUGUGGGGACUCAGGAGAAGUGUGUAUUUGGUAUAUUAAGGACACUACCAAACCGUCCCACCGUGUGGCGCUACAGGACUGCACUGGAUGUUACUGCAUGAUUAAAGUUAAAAACCAGGUGUGGGUGGGUGGUGUGGGCCGGAGCCCGACCAAAGGGAAGGUUUACAUCCUGGACACAGAGCGCUACCAGGUCCUGAAGGAGCUUCACGGCCACAACGACAAGGUGACGGCACUCUGCUCUGCUGAAGAUCGCUACGUCCUCAGCGGUGCUGGCAAACACGAUGGAAAGAUCGCCAUCUGGAAGGUGGAGUAGGGAGGGGCUGGACUGACUGGAAAUGGACAAAGUAACUCUGUUGAAACUAUCACAGGAUGUUUCUGUGACUUGUUUAAGGACCACAGGUGUAGAAUCUGUGGGAAAAAGAGUGUGUUUUGGAAAGCGGAGUAAAAGGGAGAGGAAUCAAAUUCAAGAUCUCGACCUGCCUCUGUGUCACAGAGAUAUGAAGGAAUCACAUGUCGGUCAUGUGAAGCAACAAGUUUACAUAAAGUGUCCCCAACUGAGCAGCUUCUCCCGCCUGCUAUGAAAUGGUGAUUCGCAGUUUGAAAUGCUGGCGUGUUAUUUUUUGGGAAUAUGAAGGACGAAUGAAGACUGAAAGAAGAAAAGUGAGCACAAGUUCUGCUGGGUAUUUUUUUUCUUAAUCCAAAGUGCUUCGUUUUACUGAAGGUUUAUAAAUUUUUAGUAUUUACAGUAUAGUCACACUAUGCCUUAUGUAACACUGUACCCUGUUUAUUGUAAAUUUAAUCACCCUUGUUAUGUGGGAACAUCAUGUCACUGAGCCUCACCUCCAGCUGUGUAUUAGACGUGAAACUCUGCAGCUCAGACUACCCUGAAAACAAAACUCCCGUCACUGGAGAGUUCACUCACCGCUGCGGGAAAGCCCUGAUGAAAGUUUGUUUUGAUGGAAGUUAUGCCUUAAUGGACAACAUACAGUGGAGAGUGAUGGGAAACAUGGUGAAAGAACAUACAAAGUUGGAAGCUGGACUCAAACUCGUGACAUACCACUGACGUGAUGCACAGUGAGGUGUUUUCAGAGCUGGAAUUUCUCAGCAAUAAGGACUAACUCACACCACAGUGCUUUAAAACCACAUACUUGUCCAGCAGUUACAAAGUUUCUACAUUUUUCUUUGUCUAUUUCCCAACAACUACUAUUGGUGAUACCGACUAAUUAGUUUUAACAAAGAAAGUUUUGUUAUGUUUUGUAAGGGCGACUGGGCUCAGCCUCAGAGAUACGGUUUCUCCUUUGCAUUGAAAGGAGCCAGUUGAGGUGAUUUGGGCAUCUGAGUAAGUAAGUACCUGGCGCAUCCAAUUGGUAGGCGACCCCAGGGCAGAUCCAGAACACACUGGAGAGGGAAUGUUGCUGGGGAGAGGGGUGUCUGGACUACCUUUCUUGACCUGCUGCAAUCGCAACCCAACGCUGGAUAAGGGGCAGAAAAUGGAUGGAUGGUUUUUGUUAUGAUACACAAACUGUCUGUGAAGGUUUUCGGUCAUCCAGGUCGUGGUAGUCUUAAGUGCUAAAGUUGAAGGCUACUGGACUCCUUUUUGGUUUCCUUGAAGACGUUUCACCUCUCGUUCGAAAGUCCAGUUGCCUUCAACUUAAGAUACACAAACUGAUAGGAGAGGUGAAGGUAAAGGAUCAAGCCAUAAAAUGCUCCACAUAGGUUAAAAUCUAUUUAUAAUCUGUAAACAUUUGAGUUCUGUACAUUUUAUUUUUUACAACAGUGUUAUUUGUAUUAACAAAGUGAAACAGACAGACUGACGUUAUUGUCUUUUCACAUACGGAGAACAUGAAGUUUUCGUACCCUUACUGUUCCAGUCUAUCACAACAUUCACUCUCCAAAGAGUUAAGAGGAAGGUGGGAUCAACAGCUGAACAACAAAACUACAUUUAGGAGACAAUGUCACCUGAGGUUGAAUCAGAGGUUUAACUCAUGUUUUCUUAAAAUAUUUAUACAGUGUAUAUAACUGGUGAACAUGAAUAUGAUAUGUAUUUCUUUUGUAAACUAAACUGAUGACAAUGCAACAACUCAUCUAUUUUAUUUAUAUAGUUUUGUAAGGUUUCAUAUGAAACCUCUCAAUUAUCUGUAAGACCAUUAACCAACAGUGAACAAAUUUAAUACAGUUUUUCAUGGAA